AUGGGCCCAGACGGACACCGAUGCACUCAAGCUGUGGCACGGCGUACACCGCCCUGCGAUUUCCGAGCCUCUGCAUCGCAAGGCAGCCGGACCUUGCACAAGGAGAGAUGUGAUAUGAUACGCAUGGAGGAGAAGAAAAGUCUCUUGGUAAUGUAUUUUAUUUUAUUUUUUUCUCAUCCUGUGCAGCAGAUCACCAGGAGGUUGCCUGUCUUGCCAAUGAGGGACCGGCGGUGA